UUUUCCCUUCCCUCAGCGCAGUUUAAGUUCUCAAUAAGUAGAACAUACAAAUGGGUACAAAAAGAGCCUUGGUCAUCCUGGCCAAAGGAGCAGAGGAGAUGGAGACUGUCAUCCCAGUGGAUCUCAUGAGGAGAGCUGGGAUUAAGGUCACCAUUGCAGGUUUGACUGGGAAAGACCCAGUGGUUUGCAGUCGGGACGUUGUCAUUUGCCCUGAUGCCAGUCUUGAAGAAGCAAGGAAACAGGGACCUUACGACGUGGUGGUUCUCCCUGGAGGUAAUCUGGGUGCGCAGAAUUUAUGUGAGUCGAGCGCCGUGAAGGACAUCUUGAAGGAGCAGGAGAGCAGGAAGGGCCUCAUCGCCGCCAUCUGUGCAGGUCCCACGGCUCUGUUGGCGCAUGAAAUAGGUUUUGGAAGCAAAGUCACAUCACACCCACUUGCCAAAGACAAGAUGGUGAACGGGAGUCACUACAGCUACACGGAGAGCCGCGUGGAGAAGGACGGCCCGAUCCUCACCAGCCGCGGCCCGGGCACCAGCUUCGAGUUUGGCCUGGCCAUCGUGGAGGCGCUCAGCGGCGCGGACGUGGCCAGCCAAGUGAAGGCCCCACUCGUGCUCAAGGACUAGAGCAGAGCCUAGCCCGGGGGGAAGGGCAUGGGGCGCCGGGCUGUCCCGUCCCGACCCGACCCGUCCCUGCAGUUCCACAGAGCCUCCCCUCCGGGGUUGUCCGUGUACAUUUCUGACCUUGUUUGCACAAUAAAUAGGGUGUGUAGAAAGCUG